AUGAGCUACCCUAGAGCAGAGAUUUUUAUUACGAUCAAAUUGUGUAAGCCUGAACUUGAUAUCAUGUCGGACAAAUACAAAUUAGCACUAAAAGUGUUGAAAUACACAUUAAUGUUCGGAUAUAUAAUAGAAUGGAUAACUGAUCCUAAAUUUUUUAUCGCUGUUGGCGCCACUUGUAUGAUGGUAAUGUCAUAUUUUAUUGUGGUAACUUACCGCGAGUGGCCGAAACAAAACAUCGUGGUGGCUAUAUUGUCAAUAUUACUUACCAUACUUGGUUUGACGGGUGGAAUGGACACGAAUGCAGUUAUCGUCUCGAUUUCCACCACGUCUAUGGCACUGACAUACGCCUACCUCAUUCACCAGCAAUUAAAAGCUGAUGCUGAUUGUCAGCACUCACCGGAUACGAGUAUUGAGUUAGCUGUUAAGGGUAAAGGAAGAAUACUCCUCAUUGUUGUGGUCACGAUUAUAUUACUCGCUCCGGGAUUAGUUGAUCCGUUAAACCCUAAGGCCAUGUCUGAAAAACUCAAUUCAAGUAUAAAAUUUAUAAAAUAUUAUUUAUUGUGCGGCUAUAUGGUCGAGUUGGUGCGCGGUCUGUACAUUGUCCUUGACCCUAAAUUUCAUAUUAUGGCGGGCGCUAUUACAAUAAUGAUCAUGUUGUAUUAUAUUGUGUUAACGUCACGCGAAUGGCCAAAACAAAGCAUCGUGGUAGCCGGAGACCUGAGCGUAUAUGCAGCUAUCAUCGCGAGUACCACCUCGUUAUUGGCACUGAUAUACGCCUACCUCAUUCACCGGAGAUUAAAAGCUGAUGGUAAUUGUCAGGAUUCUAGUAUCGAGUUGGGUGCUAAGUGUGAUGCUGUUAAUGUUUAG